GCCAUCUGCAAAGACACACUUCAUUGAAAUGGAAAACCUCCUUCAGGCUUGCUGAGAGGCUGCGAGAAGGAUACUUUCUGAAAACAAAGGUCUCAGGAGCUGAAUUCAUUUUGGAUCAGCAGAAGAUCCACAGUUAAUUCAAAACAAAUUCUGGAGACAGAAUUAAAAUACCAAGUAAAGACAUGGCUCACCAAGUCACAUCACCAGCGUUGUCUUCACCUGAGGAAACUACCACUGUUGAUUUCCCCACUGCAUAUGUUGAUCAAAACUAUACUCAUCCUUCUAUGCUUCCCAAAGAAAGGAGCUUGAGUGAUAUGACUGUUAAGGAUGACUGUGACUUUGCAUUGAUUCAAAAGGAGUCUCCGUCUUCUCAGGAGUUGAGGCCCAAAGUGGAAACUGUACCAAGGCGAUAUUUGAAAGUUGUUAAACAGAGACCAAGUGUCAUUUGCUUCUCCAAAAAUUGUUUUACGUUCCUGAAUAACAAUGAUAUUGAUGAGAAGCUUUAUGUUGUUGAGACACAUCCAGAUUUGACUGCAGAGGUUUUUCAGAUAAAGCAAAAAAACCUGAGCAACACACACAUCAAGGACAACCCAAUACUUGUAAGAGACAUCUUGGAUGAGAAUGUUUCAGACGUUCUUGGACAGCAGCACAACUUGGAAAAUAGAAUUUCAAGAUCACAGAGCUGCCCCGUCAGCUUCAAGGAACAAAGGCAUGACACUGAGGAUAGUAAUAAUUCUAGCCUGCAAAUGGUUAGAGACUGGAAUGCAUCACCUGAAAGAGUUUUGGAGAGACAGAUCAAGUUGUGGCUUUCAAGAAGGGGAAUGGAUAAGCAUGUGAAGAGAGAAAACACAAUGCAGGGCUAUGGGAGAGUGUUGGAGGUGUACGAAUGGUUGGGUUCCUCUUGUAGAGAACCAGUAUGGAUAUGA